CGCGCAGCAGAAGCUCCAACCAAUUUUUCAGAAUAUCGCAACGACGCAAUCCUGUACGGACCAAACACUCCCCAUUCUGCAACUGUUAAUAGCUUCAGCCAUGCACAGUAGCUGGUAUAAAUAGUCUACCUCUCAUUAUGCGGUCGCAAUUGACCCGCCAUGUCUUGCGACGCAUCCUUGCGAGCGACGCACCUGUCGCCCUCCCCCCCUGUUUUAUAUCUUCGAGGCCGGCAUCUCGUAUAUAUUCCCGUAUAUAUCCCCUGAGGUAUAGAGUCGCAAGGACCAUCCAGAGGAGAUCUUUUUUGAAGCUAUUCCAAAAACCACCACGCACCUUGAAGGAAUUGGACGCCGAACCGGGAUACGAAACCCUUCUCCAAUUCCAAGCUGCAGAGAAAAAUAGUAUUCGACCUCCAAUGCCCGAUGAAUUAGUGAAGGCAUGGCGGGAACUAUUCGAAUAUAAGGCUAAACAUGGCCGCGUCGUGAACUCGACCCAGGCCUUAUGCGCUCUUCGGGUGCUAUCACAUCUUAAUACCCUACGUAACAACGGGGAACUUAAGCACCUAUCCGACGACGACCUUCGGAUAGCUAGGGAUUGUUUGCUGAAGCCUCCGAGAGACGAUUAUACGACUCAUCUCGAGCUUUCCAAAGAGAUCGCUUACGAGUUAAAGCGGCGGGGUGUCCGCAUGGCCAACGACUUUUACGCUUUCACCACUGCCCUGUCACAGUACGGGCAGUCUCUCGAGGCGAUGGACCAGGUUUUAAAAUACUAUUCUAGAAUGGACGGUAAACUGCCUAGCGAAGGCUUAUUACGGCAGUUUAUACCUGCAAUUCGAGGGCUUGCUAAAGAGGGUCGAGAAUCGGAACUUCUCGAACUUGUCUCCAAGGCAAGGCAGUUCGGUCUUGAAUACGACUCCACGCUUCACAGCAUCAUGACCUCAUUUUUUUCACAGAGAGAUAGGGUUGGAGAAACCAAGUACUGGUUCAAUAAACCGAUCGGUAGAAUGCUCACUCCGGCCCCUGCGACGUACUAUGAUAUACUCCAGUUUGCCCUUCGCAAUAACGAACGAGAAUGGGCCCUGGAAAUUUACCAAGAUCUCAUCUCCAAUUUAGAAUCUCCAAGAUUAUGUUACAACAAGCCCUGUUGGGAUACGUCUUACCAAUGGGCUGUUCUGUUACUCGGGAAAGGGAUUAGCCAUAUUGAACAUAUGAUUAAAGUUGCUUUCCAACGCACGCGAGGCAGGCCCAGUUCACAACCUAACAUAGGGUCAAUAAAUGGACUUAUCAAGGUGGCCAUUGUCAAAAACGAUCCGUAUUUAGCUGAACGUUUCAUCGGGCUAGCUCGUAAGCUUGGUUUCAAACCAAACUACAAGACGUACAUGCUUCAGCUCGAGUAUCGUAUCUGUGCAGACGAUCUGGACGGCGCUUUCGCCGCUUACCAGUCUAUUAAAGAAGUCGAAGAGGAAACUAAAGAUAAAGAACUCUCAGUCCUGAACUUAUUCAUUCGUGCCAUGUGUUCCAAGCCGGAGCCCAACCACGAGCGCGUUCUGGAUGUCACUAGUUACCUCGAGCAAAGACGCAUCACACUGGAACCCGAAACAUUGGUUGCCGUUUGCAUGGCCUUCUUAAAGAAUGACGAGACGUACGAAGUGAUAGACACACUUUCGCUUCACACUGUUCACUAUAGUCUUGCGGAGCGCUCCAUGGUUCGCAAAGCCUUCGUGCAAUACUGCUUAGACGACAAGAACAGUACGGCUCGCGUCUGGGAUGCGUACGCACUAUUGCGACAGUUCUUCCCCGAACUUGAAGCCGAGGAUCGAGAAGCUAUCAUGGAUGCUUUCUUCGAUAGACGUCGCGCUGAUAUGGCAGUGCAUGUGUUUAAGCAUAUGCACUCCCAUGCGAACCGACAACUCCAACCAACUCUAGAGACGUACGUCCGCUUCAUGGAAGGCAUUAGCAAAUGUCCAGACGAAGAGAGUCUGAAGGCAGUCCAUAACAUGCUCAAGAUGGACACGACAAUUCAGCCCAGCACGCGCCUAUAUAAUGCGCUAAUGAUCGGCUAUGUAGCAUGCGAUUUGCCCUACCGAGCACUCGAUUUCUGGACGGAGAUCGCAUCGUCUCCUGACGGGCCGUCCUACGCUACGCUCGAAAUCGUAUUUAGAGCUUACGAGAUUACACCUGAUGGUGAUAGCCUUGCAAACGAGCUUUGGGAGAAAAUCAAAAGGAUGGAUAUCGAGGUACCCAAUAGAGUCUACAUCGCGUACGUAGUCACAACGGCCGCGCAUAGUCACCUUACUGUCGCAAAGAUGCUGUUGGAGGAUAUGGAUAAUGUGGUCGGAAAGGGGCCAAACUUCCACAACCUCGGCACCGUGUACAAUGUUUUGCCGUCACAGGAGAAAAAAGACCAGUUCGAAGAAUGGGCAAAGGAAGCAUACCCAAAAGUAUGGGAGUCGCUGAAGAAACAGUACGCCAAGAAGGAAAACAGCGAAGGGCUCCCAAUAUUUAAGAUCAAACCGCGGCCGUGGAAGGCAUGAUUUGUGUGCGUGUGUGUGUAUGGAUUGAUCUUUGUACAACACUACUCGUACAUGGCAUCUAUCUAGAUAGCCUAGGUAAAUAAUCUCUGCUGUCUCUUUUUUGUAUAUAGGCGGAUAUAAAG